AUGUCUGAAUACUUGAUAUUACUGAUUUAUGGUGCUAGCGCAUGUUAUUUAAUUUAUCUACGGAUAGAAGAUUCAUAUUAUAGAACAUAUUUACCUAUUUUUGUUCUAUGUUUAAUUUUUAUGAUGCUUGCUCCGUUGUUCCCUAUACCACCUAAUGAAUUUGUUAAAUUUAAGUACCCUUAUAUUUUACCAUUUAUUAUAUCAUUGUUAGCUAUUUUCAUAAUUGAAAUGCUUAAACGUUUAAAAGUUAUUGAUCAGCUGACUCAACUCCCUAAUGAUCCGUUGUAG